AUGCUUCUCCGUCUCCCCCGCCGCAAACUCCGCCGCCUCCUAAUCAUGCUCCUCCCUUUCCUCCUCACCCUCCUCCUCCUCACCCCCCUCUAUAUCAUCUACAAGCCGCCAAACCUCCUAAUCCGAUACUUCCAGCAUCGCUGGCCCGACGUCCUCUUCCACGUUCCUCCUCCUCACCACCAUGACCACGCGAACCCCGACACCAACACCAACGUAAACACCAACAAGCCCGAAAAACUAAUCGCCCUCACAAUCGACGACGCCCCCUCCCCCCACACCCUCGAGAUCCUAGACCUCCUCUCCCACCACUCCGCCCACGCCACCUUCUUCCUCAUCGGCUCGCAAAUCCCCUCGCGCGAAGAAACCCUCCACGAGCUCCUCCGCGCCGGCCACGAACUCGCCAACCACGCUAUGCGCGACGAACCCUCGCGCUCCCUCUCCCCUCCCGACCUGGAAUCGCAAAUCCUCACCGUCCAGGACUCCAUCCGCGCCGCGUAUUCGGCCGUCGGGGCUCGCGAGCCAACGCCCCCGGGCGGGGGUCGGUAUUUUCGACCGGGGUCGGGCUUCUUUAGUCAGGUUAUGAGGGAUGUUGUGAGGAAACUUGGGUUUCGGAUUGUGCUGGGGAGUGUGUAUCCGCAUGAUGCGCAGAUUAGUUGGCCGUGGGUUAAUGCGAGACAUAUUUUGAGUAUGGUGAGGGAGGGGAGUAUUGUUGUUUGUCAUGAUCGGAGAGAUUGGACGAUUCCCAUGUUGGGGGUUGUGUUGCCGGAGUUGAAGAGGAGGGGGUAUAAGGUUGUUACUGUUAGUGAGUUGUUGGAAGCUGGUUAUGGUGGUGGUGAUGCAGGGGAAGGGGGAGGGGAGAUUAGGUUAUAA